AUAUAUAAUUUUAAUCGUGUAAUAUAAAAUAAUAUGAUGUAUCUUUUGUUGUUCUUUGUAUUUCAAGUCUCGGGGUAUAGAUUAUCCAGCUUAUGUAAAACUGGAGAAUAUUAUGAUUCAAUUGGAAUGGAUUGUCGAUCUUGUAACACCAAUGUUUCUCUGGUACCUGCAGAUGAUGGUUUUGGUUGCACCUGUGCACCCGACAGCAUCCAAAAAAGUGUCAAUAUGUGUCAGCCAUGCAAUGCAACAGAAUUGAUUUCUACCGAUGGCACCACUUGUGUGCCUCGAAGGUGCCAAAAAUCAGGUGGACGAGUCGUCUGCAGGAAGUGCCCCGCUGAUUAUAUUUCCGUUACACAAAACUUCGACGGGUCGCCAAUGAAAGAAGUAACAUGCUUUAAGUGCCAUCGCGGGUACAAAGCUCACGAUAACAAAUGUGUUAAGUGCGAGGUCUGUUCAUGUGGGAGAAAUGAGAUGGUCGUUAGUGGAAAAUGUCUGCCUAAGAAAUAUGUUAUGGAGAGGCCGAAAUAUAGUGAUAAUAAAUUACAUCCAAAUGCUCUCUUGGAUAUUGUUAAACUGGAGUAUUUAUGUACGCAAGCGGAUAUCAGAGCGUGUCACGCUCUAGCAAGGGAGUGUGUCAAAUAUUUAUACCCUACAGAUUUGGCAGGACCAUGUAGACUUUGGCUUCAGAAAAAUGGUACCUAUAAGGGUCUCCCAUAUCUAGUACACGAGUAUCAUAAAAAGGAGAUUUCUCUACGCCACGGAAAGAAUACAUUAUUGUUAGGAAUGGCGAUAUAUUCUCCCAAUGGGGCUCUACAGUUACUUCAAGAUGAAACACAAGGAAUAUUCUCGUGCUUACCACCUAUAUUAAUUAAAGUUGGAGAGCGAUAUUCUGUUGAUUGUACGAAAAAUAUAACGGAUCUUAAUUCGGAUUUUGGAAAAUUAUUUGAGUUUUUUAUACCUGGUGAAAAGUAUAAGGCUUUCCCAAUCUCCAUUCUAAAACCUGAUGGUAACUUUGUUCAGAAGGGUUCAUGGCCUCGAUCAAAAUUUAGAAAGAUAUUUUUGAUCGAUAAGAUUCUUUCUACGACAACAAAUAUGACAACAAUAGUCUACCUAAGAAAACUUCUGAUUACUUUUAGAAUAGAAAGAGAAUUAAAAGGAUCGUUAAAGCUUUAUAUCAACACUGAAGCACAUUUUGCUAUGAAAUCACCUUUGGUCCAACAAAUAACAACGACUCUACUUGUUGAUCACGAAAUGCCAUAUGCAAGCGUUUAUCGUGGAUUAGAAAUAUGGGGAGCUAUCGUUAGUUUAUUGUUUUGCAUCUAUGCGAUUUUUCAAUGGCGUGGCGUUAUCCGUAGAGGUGGAUUAUACAUUUCAAUAAUUCCUUUAAUGGCAUCGGCUACGGCAGACGGCGUAUAUUUUGCAACUUUAUUCUCAACACUACACGCAUUGGCUGCUGAGACGGGAAACCUUGGAAUAAUAUUACCUCUCUCACAAACAGAAGAAAACAUAAUUAAAAUCGUUUUGUAUUCAGUAAUUAUUUUAAAGAGUUUAAAAGUAGUGUGGAUAAACUGGAAUCAAUGUAGAGUUGAUGUAUUUUUUAUAGACUGGUCACAACAUCAUUUCUCAAUCUCAGAUUCGCCAACAACUGUAAAUAGUGGUCACUGGAGAUCGAUUUUGCUUGCUAAAGAGUGGACGGAAUGGCAGGCCAAACGGAGAUCAUCACCAAUAGAUACAGUUAUUUGUACUCUUGGAAUAUUGCAAGUAACAGAGCAGUGGAAAUUGUAUAUUCCUGAAAGUAAUGGAUAUAAAUGGGUUAUUGCGACUAUAGUAUGGUGGUUUUCAUAUACCAUAAUGUUCUUAAUAAAUUGGACAAAACAUAGAUUUCUCGCAAGACCAAUGAGUUUAUUAAAAGUAUGUUCAGGGGCAGAAAUAUCACUUAUAGUAUUUCAAGAGGAGUUUUAUGCGCAUUAUGUUCAUGGGAGAAAUGAGGACUGUGACAGUAGUGUGAAUUUUCCGGGCCCCCUUGCAACAUGUCGGGUCGUGUGUGCAUCACAAAUAAGAACUGUGUACAAAAAGCUUGCACACAAUGAUGACGAUUUAUUUCGGCAAGAAAACGAGUCCAACCGUCUACUCUUAUCCAAGUUUCUUUCGGCUUUCUUUGAAAGGGCUCUUGAUGGUUUAAGUUGGGUGGCGAUUGAACGUACAAUAUUAGAAAGGCUUCUUGAUGUAGAGUUAACAAACAGAGAAGGAAGCAAUGUGAGCACUUUGCUGUAUGACAUCAAUGACAACACGCCAUCUUGUUUGGCUUCAACAUGGUGGGGUGAAGAAUGGACGCUGGCAACAUUCGACUGUAUGCUAUUUGGUUCGAUUUUCGUUGGUACUAAUAACUUGUUACUUGCAGCUAUAACAACAAUUCUUAUAUACCAAAUGCUGAAAGAACUGCGACUGUGGUUUGGGUCUAGAAAUCUCAAGCAAAAAACUGGCGUCAAAGUCUAAUGACGGCCGCUACCUUGACAAUUUUAAUUUUUGAAAUAACUUUUUAUAUAAUACCAAUACCACUUGCUGCUUCUACAGAUAUAGCCGUUGAUGUUUCAUCAUUGAGAUUAUCAUCUCUAGCUAAACCUAUUGGUCCAUUCUACAAUCUUAUUACCAACAUUUGUGAUGUUCUAUUAGAAGACUUUUCCAACUCAAGGAUUCCAAGAUACAUGAAAGUACUUAGCAAAAGUCUUAAACAUUUGGGGUCUGGAUUUCUACUCAAAUUACAGAUAAAACGAUUUCGAAAACAACUUUUGAAGCUGUCUUCAUACAAUGGCAGAAUAAUUAGACCAAAAAUAAAACAAUUCCAAAAUCUAAUUGCAGAGAUAAAACCACUUCGAAACGAAUUAUUUGUGGCUUUAAAUAAUAUUUUUACUGUUUACCAAGAUAACAAAAUGGACGAUUAUAUUUAUUAUUUAAAAAAAUUUGGAUAUAAGAGAAAGGAAAAUAUUUAUGUGAGAACUAGAAGACUUUUUGAAGAUGUAAUAUUUCGUACAAUAGAGAAACAAGAUGAAAGAGUCAAGGAUGAUAUUAAAUUGAAAUUUAAAUUGGCAGUCAUUGAAUACAUGGAAGGCGAAAAUCUAAAACGUAUUAAUUGAAAUUAAAUUGAUCGUUGAUUGGAAUGCACACCGUUAAAUUAACAAAAUACCAUAAAUAUUGGUUUAUUGAAAAUGUGGACUUAUUUUAUAUUACUGAUUUGUCUUAAUAUUUGUAAAAGUGAAAACAAAACAAAAACAGAUAAUUUAAAACAUUCUUUGAAACAAAUUAAUCUAAACAUCGCAAGAUCAAAAGACAUCUUUGAAUCAUUUCUCAAGGAACUCGUAGAUUUACUUACAACGCCCGAAUUUCAAGCAAAGAAACUAAAAAAAUAUUGCAAGAUUUUAUAUAAAGAAUUAAGAUAUUCCGAAUACCGCAUUGCCAGGAAAUUUGGCAAACAUUUUAAAAGUCUCUGUCGAAAGUAUCAAGAUGAAUUAAUCGGAGAACUCGAGUUUUAUAGACGAGAGCUUGAUAAACCAACAACGCUAAGAGCUGAUUUUUUCUCAGCAAUUAAUGAAGCAUUUACUCUUCAACAGAGAGCGCUCUUCACCAAUUAUUUAUAUGAUUUGAGAGAUUUUGGUACUGACGAUAAACUAACAAUAAAUGAAGAAACAAAGAAGCUUAUUAACUAUAUUAUUAUUGAGAACAUUUUAAAGUUAAAUUCAAAGGCACAAAACGAUAUUGCUCAGAAAUUAAAAAAGGUUUUAAAGGAAUUCAAUUCACGGAAGUAAAAAAUAUUUCUCGUUCUAAACCUACUCUCUUUUCUCUAUGACUUAUUCGCGAAGUAUCAAUUGGUAUAUUAUGUGUGCA